UAAACCUGCGGAAAAUUUCGGUUUCGUUGAACAAACUUCUCUAUAAAGAUCCAUAGCUAUGUCGAUUGUCGUGGAUGUAUCAGAUACUUAUCAAGAUGAUAAUAUCUAUGAGAGAAUCAAGAAGGCCGCUCAAGAUGGAGAUAUUGAGAGGCUCUACAAGAUGGUUGCAGAAGAUCAUUACAUUCUAAAACACUAUGAGAAACUGCCUUUUUGUGAGACGCCACUACACGUUGCAGCCGAGAAAGGACACACUCACUUCGCCAUGGAGGUAAUGACUCUAAAGCCAUCGCUUGCUUUGAAGCUAAAUCCUUCAGGCUUCAGCCCUAUGCAUUUAGCCUUGCUAAACAACCAUAUACGAAUGGCGAGAGGAUUUAUAGCAAUUGACAGCAGCUUAGUCAGCGUCAGAGGACGAGGAGGGAUUACUCCUUUGCAUCAUGUGGCUAGACUAGGUGAUGCAGAGUUGUUGGGUGAGAUGUUGUGUGCUUUUCCUUCUUCGGUAGAUGAUUUGACGAUUAAGUGUGAGACAGCAGUUCACAUUGCUGUGAAGAACCACCGGUUUGAGGCGUUUAGAGUUUUAUUUGGAUGGGUUAAGAGAUCAAAUAGGGAGGAAGUCUUGGACUGGAAGGAUGAAGAUGGUAACACAGUUUUGCAUAUUGCUGCACUUACUAAUCAACCUGAGGUCAUGAAGUUGCUACGUGGAAGCGUGAAAUCAAAAGCGAAGAACAAUGAUAAUAAAACUGCGAAGGAUAUACUCCAAACUCACCAAUCUCAUCUUUCACCUAAACCAAUUAGUAGUAGCCUAAUCCAAAUUGCUAAAGAAAGACUAGUUUAUGGUACAACAACAACAACUCUUGCGAAAUAUUUGAGCACAAAACCAUCUUUCCUUGAGAAACUGAGUAGUGUCUUAGGCCUAACAAACCUGAACAAGACAAGACAAACAUCUCCCAACAGUGACGACAGUCGCAGUGUGAUACUUGUGGUAGCUGUUCUGAUAGUAACAGCUACAUACCAGGCUAACCUUAGCCCUCCCGGUGGAUUUUGGCAGGAAGAUUCGAAGCGUGGUGAUAGGGAUGACCACUUGGCAGGGCAGAUGACUAUGACUUUCUACGAAGCUAUAUUUUUUUAUAUCCCUAAUGGGAUAGCUUUCUUUUUAUCUCUAUAUGUGAUCAUGAUUCUUACAGUUGGAUUACCCAUGUGGAAGGUUCUGUAUGGUUCUAUAGCUGCUCUAGGGAUUGCUAAUUUCGCAAUGCUGAAUAUUACGUUUCCAACUUCGCACACGGAACAUCGCCCUGGUGGAGUUAUAUUGAAUGUUUUUCUCUACACGUAUCCAGCGAUUACAGCAAUCAUAGUGUUUGCUCCUUUUGCGGUGUUCUUUCUGAACAAAUGGAGAAGGCGUCGUGUGGACUUCCCGGCUAGGUAUUUUACCUCACCUCAUGAGCUUUCGUAAAGAACUGUGAAGCAUUCAUAAGUGCAAGUCUGGGAUCAUCUUCCCUGCAACUACUGGUCCAUGUUAUGUAUGUUUGCUCAAUGCUAUUUAACCUUAUCGAAUUAUGUCAUAUUUUGUACUGUUUCUAUUCAGAAAUUUAUGUAUUUAUGGUGUGCUUAGUUUACAAAUAUUCAAUUUAUAGAGUUUAU